CGUGUAUGUGGCAGUGCUACAGUGUGUAUGUGUGUUGCAGUGUUUGGCUUGGGUGUGUUUAACCAUGCUGCAGUUUAGGGGGCUCAUCCUGCUGUGGUUGCUGGCAGUAGGGGGCACAGUGCCGGAAGUCCCACAGCGGCAGACCUGUGUGUGCGGACACCCCGGAAUCCCAGGUGACCCUGGACACAACGGGGUGCCAGGCCGAGACGGGCGAGAUGGAGCCAAGGGGGACAGGGGAGAGCAAGGACCUGUUGGUACUGGUGGUGCAGCAGGGCAUGAUGGCUCCAAGGGAGACAAAGGAGAGUCAGGUGCUGUAGGCGUGGCGGGCAUGAAGGGGAAACGAGGAGAAAACGGGGAGCGAGGACUUCCCGGGAAGAUGGGUCCGCAGGGUGUUCCAGGGCACUUAGGCCCUAAGGGACAAAAAGGAGAGCUGGGUCUGCCUGGCCCUCAGGGGACACAGGGUGAUGCUGGUCCUCAUGGCCCCAAGGGCCAGCGAGGUGACAUCGGCCCUCAGGGAGAGAAGGGCUUUCCGGGACCUGUGGGCCCCACGGGGCGACAGGGCUCUAAGGGAGAGAUCGGUCUGCAGGGUCAGAAGGGCAGCAUCGGGUACAGGGGGGAAAAAGGGACGAAGGGAGAGGUGGGAGAGCAGGGGGUCCCUGGCGACAUGCCCAAUACGGGGAAGAGCGCCUUCUCUGUGGGCCUGACCGAACACAGCAAACUGCCGCCCGCGAACACGCCCAUCCGCUUCGAGAAAAUCAUCUACAACAAGCAGAGCCACUACGACCCCCAGACCGGCCGCUUCACCUGCGCCUUCGCGGGGACGUACUACUUCAGCUACCACAUCACCGUGUACUCCCGCAACGUGAAGGUGGCCCUGGUCAGGAACGGGGAGCGCAUCGUCCACACCAUGGACAACUACCAGAGCAGCGAGGACCAGGCGGCGGGGGGCGCCGUGCUGCACCUGCAGGCUGGAGACAAGGUGUGGCUGCAGGUGACUGGGGGAGCGCUCUUCAACGGGCUGUACGCUGAUGAAGACGAUGACACCAUCUUUUCUGGGUUCCUGCUGUUCUUAGACUAAAAACGCAAAGCAUGCGCACAUACAUACACAGGCACUCAAGGACAUGCUCACACACACACAAUCACACACAUGUAUAAGCACACACACACUUUGACGAUGCUCAGAGAGAAGUGUUUGGAUGAAUUGAUCUCCAGCAGGAACAUGCAAUGUAUACUAGACCAGUGGUUCCCAAACUCUGGUCCGGGAGUACCCCCUGUGUAUGCUGGUUUUCGUUCCAACCACAAUUGCAAUCCAAUAAUUUUAACAAGCUGUUAAUUUUUCUUAAUUCUUAAUUAGGUGCUUUUCAUGUUUACAGCGAUUACUUACCCUCUGAAACCACAUUUUGUCAGAUAGCUAUGCAUAUUGCAUAUUGGCUUAUUGUGCAAAAUUGCAACAUUAUAUAGAGUAUUAGCAGAAAAAGUGGUACAUAAUAUAAUUUUUAACAGAUCAAAUUAAAGACUAAAGUGAAUCAGUAGGCUGAUAAAAGGUGAAAGUGUUGACACCUGGCCACCAAAACUAACCAUUUGGAAAAUAACAAAGAAUUUGGAGGCAAUGCAAAUUAUAUAACAAGGCAAACCUGCAUUGUGUUGAUACGUUUAAGGAAUAAAUUACAAAUGAAAUCUAAAUGUGAGUCCAUGAGCCUAUUCUUUAACCUCAGUCUUUUAUUUGUUACCUCUUCUUAUGAAAUUGCUUGCAAGAUGGUGCAGUAAGCACAAUAUGAACAUGGUAAUUUUAUUCUUCAUUCCAUUGCAAAGCUAUUUCUGUCAUAAUGUGGUUUAAGCUAAAUAAUCAAUUUUAAGAUGUA